CUUCAUUAGCGAUUCUCCCGAAUUGUUGCCGGGGAACUGGAGGGAGAAAUGGAAUGCUUGAGCUUGAUGAAUCCCUUGGGGAGAGCUGCAUGGGCUUUUGUUUUUUUUGUAGCGAUUGGAAAACUGUUUUCUCGUGUGUGAUUUCGUUUUUUGCCGAUGCAUUCGCAGGUCGUCGAGGCUCGGGUUCAGCUUAUUACUGGGCUCGGUGAACUGGAACUGCGCGAGAAAUCUGACAUAGCUUUCGCUGUCGAAAGCCUAGUUACAUUUUGGGAGGACUACACUUGUUUGGAUGUUACCCAGUGCAUAUUACACAAAGCAAUCGUACAGGUCGCUACAAAGUUCCUCAAGCCUACUUUAUGUGGUGGCCUGACACCAUUCCUUACUCUUGGGGCCCAGGCAAGCAUUUGGUGUAAAAAGCAUCUACAGAUGACGAUUAUGUCAAUGGAGGAAUCACAGGAAGAAGAACAUUGCAAGAUGUUCUAUGGGGUAACUUAUCUCUUGUUGCUACUUGAUUCUCUUUAGUAUCUUCCUUACCAAAAAUGCAAUACUGCUAGGCGUAGAAGAGAGCUUUCUCUAUU